AUGUCUUCUCCUUCUUCUUCGCUUCUUCAAAGGGCGGAAGUGCUCUCGCUUUUCCGGCACAUGUUUCGCUUGGCGAGAAAAAUGAAACGCGAUAGCCUUAAAGAGGCGGAAUACAUCACCUCGGAGUGCAAGAAUCGAUUCAGAGAAAACCGAUUCUUGAAAGACCAUGCGCACGUGCAAAAAGCGAUCGAUUACGCGAAAACGAGAAUUUUCUAUUGCAAAAACUACGGCAUCGCGUACGAGAGGAUGGCGAACGUGACGAGUUCAGGAGGUGGGGACGUGAAGAUUGUACACGAGGGGUUACGAGAGGAAGUUGGGAGCUACGAGAGCGUAGGUUUACCUAAAAAUGUCACAGCGGAGGAGGCGAGGAGAAAAGCGAGGGAGAAGAGGAGACGGAUGUCGGAGAGCUUAGAGGAAAGUAGGAGUCGCACAAGUGGGAGUGGUGGUAGUAGUAGCACGUAG